AUGAAAAUGUCCGUCGGCGAGGCAUGGAGGCUUAUCGGCGUCAAACCGACAGCGUCCAAGCUGGAGAUCAAGAAAGCCUUCAGGGAGAGGAUCAGGCAGGUGCAUCCCGACGUCACGGGAGACGACGGCACCAUGCUUCGCAAGGUCCAGGAUGCCUACCAGCUUCUCGAAGAGCUCCGAGACCCGACCGUCUACCACAGCUCUGUGGAGGAUGGCGUGCCGGAGUGGGCCUCGGGGUUGCUCCAGGGCAUCGAGUGGACCGCAGAAUGUAGCAGCUUUGCGGACUUCUUGUUGAAGCCGGACAACAAGGCUCUUGCUGUCGGCGAGCAGAGUGAGAGCACCGGCACGCGUCCGUGGGCAGCGGCAUGGGGGAAGUUCUCGCAGCAGGAUGCCAACUCCGAAGCGCUUCGUGUUUGUCGGCAGUACGGUGUGAAGUGCCGCCUGGUCUACGUGGGAAGUGGCUCAGGGCGAGUGCGAACUGUUGGAAUGGAUAGCUCCAGCGCAGACCAGGAGCGCACCUGGUGGAAAGACCAGUUCGUAAAGGGUGGCGAGCUCCCCGGCUUUGGGUGGAUGCCACCGGUCGAUCCGAAGAAGGAGAAGCUAGUUGGCUGGAAGACCAUCACUGAGGGUAGCGAGCAUUUGGGCGAGAAGAGGAUCCGAGUGCCCGUCUUCGAGCCGGUUAAGGGAGGCAUUCCCUACCUGUACUCUCCGGCAAAGCCGAGACAGCGGAUAUUUCUGAAGCGCACCCCUUUCAAGCGCGUGGAGAGCUUAUCGCGCAACAUGCAACGGUCGCGGCGGUCGCAACUGAGAGAGCAUAUCAUGUCCCUCAACCAGCAGAACGACGGCUGGUUCAGCGCAUCCGAGACCAUGCGAAACAUGAAGUCUUCCGGACGGAGUGAAAUCCUGUAG